UACCGAAGGGGGCGACCACGCGCGGUCUCUCACUCAUCCCCUCUUUGCUCCAAACUCGUAAAUCGUGAGGGACCACGCAGCUCGCUGUUCCCCCGGCACAUCGCCUGGUUUUGUCGCCUUAUCUCCCCCCGACUCCCCGCGUUCCCGGGGACCGCUUCGCGUAUUCCUUCCCGAAGGAUUCUCCACGGCGCGCAAUUAGGGUCGCGCAUGUUAAUGGGCAUCUUUGGACGGCUGCCUUGCCCAUCCAUGUGCGCCUCUGUGAGGGCUCUGUGAGCGGCGGCAGCACCUUGGAAGAGAAACAGCAGCAGCAGGAGGAGGAGGAGGAGGAGGAGGAGAGGGAGGAGAGGGAGGAUUGCUUUCUGCCGUACCGUGUCGUGCACAGUGGAAAUACACUCGCCUGCUCUGGUUACUAUCAAAACGAAAGGGAGGGAAGAAGAAGACGGAGACGAAGUAGAAGCAUAAGGGCUUUUGAGGGACAUCCCAGACUAAAUCGUUGAAUUGUCAACGGGACCGGCCUGCUACAUUGGAUGUGUCUUCAGAAUGAUUGAGGCCGUUCGGCGUAGAUCCAGAGUCAGCAGUGCAGUCGGUGCAGAAGACACACAGGGAGGGACAUAAAAGAUUGAAAUCACUCGAACUAAUCUGGCAUCGUGACCCACAUUUGACUUUGGAAAUAGAGCGGAGGCAGCCAUGGAAGUGAAGGAGCGCAGACCUUACCGAUCUCUCACCGCCCGGCAUGACACAGAGCGCCGUUACACCAGCUCCUCAGCGGACAGCGAGGACGGCAAACCCAACUCCAAAUCCUACAGCUCCAGCGAAACGCUCAAAGCCUUCGACCAUGACUCAAGAAUGGCGUACGGGAGCCGCGUCAAGGAAAUGGUUCAUCACGAAGUGGAUGAGUUCAAUCGGCAAGGUGCAGACUUUUCCCUCCGAGACCUGGGCUUCGGAGAAGGCCUCCCGUCUCACGUGGCCACGUACAGGUCCGAGCUGGGGAUGCCGCACCGCGACUAUUCCGUCAGCGUGGGCUCGGACGCCGACACGGAGACGGACGGCAUCAUGUCGCCGGAGCACGCGGUCAGGUUAUGGGGCCGCAGCAACACCAAGUCAGGCCGCAGCUCGUGCCUCUCCAGCAGGGCCAACUCCAACCUAACCCUCACCGACACCGAACAUGAGAACACGGAAAACGGUCCUCCGCUGCAUUGUUCAUCCGCCUCCUCCUCCCCUGUUGAGCAGCUCCCAUACCCUCCCCCUUCCAUUGCAGCCAAUGAGAACCAGGGAGGGUUGCUAGGUAACUGUGCGGCUCAGCCAGCCCAGGACUCUGACUCCGAGGAUGAGUUUGGCCCCAAUUCAUUCUUAGUUAAAACUGGCUCAGGGAACCCGUAUGCUCCUGCCACUGCAACUGCUGAUGACGGAGUGUUUCAAAAUCACUCUCGGCUGCGGACGCCUCCUCUGCCGCUCUCCCACUCCCACUCGCCCAAUCACCAACACCAUGCAGCCUCCAUUAACUCCUUGAACAGGGGCAACUAUACGCCGCGGAGCAAUCCGAGCCCCGCGCCCACGGACAGCUCCGCUCCCCCUGAGGGUCCGGCCAGCGGUCAAGACUCUGGCAGCGCGCAGGACAACUGGCUCCUCAACAGCAACAUCCCCCUGGAAACGAGGAGCCAGAAUACACUAAUGUUUAUCAGAGAGGAGCAAGACGCUUGCAGAGAAGGGCAGGGCUCUUACAAUACAAGAAACAUAGCAAAGCAGACAUUCCUAGAGACUUUACAGGACAACCUCAUUGAGAUGGACAUUCUGGCAUCAGCACGCCAUGAUGCCACGUACAACGACGGGCACUUCUUGUUCAAACCAGGUGGAACAUCACCAAUGUAUUGCACAACCUCACCGGGAUACCCUUUGACGUCCAGCACGGUGUACUCGCCUCCCCCGCGCCCUUUGCCUCGAAACACCUUCUCUCGACCUGCCUUCAGCCUGAAGAAGCCCUACAAGCACUGCAACUGGAAAUGUGCUGCUCUCAGUGCCAUCCUCAUCUCAGUAACUCUGCUGCUCCUAUUAGCCUACUUCAUCGCCAUGCACCUUUUUGGAUUAAACUGGCACCUGCAGCCCAUGCAGAGACAGUUGUACCAGCUGUCAGAGGACAAUACAAGUGGCCUACCUUUUCCUACAGACCUGAGCUUGCCACCACUGGGCAACACGGGUUUGGAAAUACCUGGCAAAGGAAAAGAUGACAGCAAAUUGGACAGCUUGUUCCCAGAUGACAGCUAUAUAGAUAUGGGAGAGAUUGACGUGGGGCGCAAGGUCGCCCAGCAGAUUCCUCCUGGUAUCUUCUGGAGAUCCCAGGUCUUCAUUGAUCAUCCCAUGUACCUGAAGUUUAAUGUGUCCCUCAGCAAAGAUGCCUUAGUGGGAAUCUAUGGACGAAGAGGCCUUCCUCCAUCACACACCCAGUUUGACUUUGUGGAGCUCUUGGAUGGGCGACGGCUCCUGGCCCAAGACAUCCACAGUCUUGAGGGGCCUGUGGCUAUGCAGCGGAGCCUCAUGCCCAUCACCGCACACGACACGGGCUUCAUCCAGUACAUGGACUCGGGCAUCUGGCACCUGGCCAUCUACAACGAUGGAAAAGAAACUGAAACUGUCUCAUUCCUCACCACUGCCAUAGAUUCUCUUGAUGACUGUCCCAGUAACUGCUUUGGGAACGGUGACUGUGUUGCUGGAACAUGCCACUGCUUUUUAGGAUUCAAAGGACCUGACUGUGGGCGAGCUGCCUGUCCAGUGUUAUGCAGCGGGAACGGUCAGUACCUUAAAGGCCGCUGCAUGUGUCACAGUGGCUGGAAGGGCUCAGAGUGCGACGUUCCCACCAACCAGUGCAUUGACGUCACGUGCAGCAGCCAUGGGACCUGCAUUGUGGGAACCUGCAUCUGCAACCCCGGCUACAAAGGGGAAAACUGUGAAGAAGUGGACUGCCUGGAUCCAACAUGCUCGGGCCGCGGGGUUUGCGUCCAAGGAGAGUGCCACUGCUUUGUGGGGUGGGGCGGGCCAGGAUGUGAAAGCCCCAGGGCCUCUUGCAUGGACCAGUGCUCUGGACAUGGAGCGUUCCUGGCAGACACCGGAACCUGCAGCUGUGAUCCCAACUGGACGGGCCACGACUGCUCUACAGAGAUUUGUGCAGCGGACUGUGGUGGCCAUGGCAUUUGUGUCUCAGGCACCUGCCGCUGCGACGACGGCUGGAUGGGUACUGGGUGUGACCAGAGGGCGUGUCACCCACGCUGCAACGAGCAUGGCACUUGCAAGGAUGGCAAAUGUGAAUGCAGUCCGGGUUGGAAUGGAGAGCACUGCACUAUUGCUCACUAUCUGGAUAAGGUAGUGAAAGAGGGCUGCCCUGGUUUGUGCAAUGGAAAUGGUAGGUGCACUCUGGGUAACAAUGGCUGGUACUGUGUGUGCCAGCUGGGCUGGAGGGGCACUGGCUGUGACACCUCUAUGGAAACUGCCUGCAGUGAUGUCAAGGACAACGAUGGAGAUGGCCUGGUGGACUGCAUGGAUCCAGACUGCUGUCUGCAGGCAACCUGUCACACCACCUCUUUGUGUGUGGGCUCACCGGAUCCCCUGGACAUCAUCCAGGAGACACAGAUGUCCUCUGCGCAGAGCAACCUGCAGACGUUCUAUGACCGGGUGCGCUUCCUGGUGGGCAGGGACAGCACCCACAUUAUCCCCGGAGCCAACCCCUUCGAUGGCAAACAUGCCUGUGUCAUUCGGGGACAAGUAGUAACGUCAGAUGGGACACCGCUGGUUGGGGUCAACAUCAGUUUCAUCAACAACCCAUCCUACGGUUACACAAUCACCAGGCAGGACGGAAGUUUUGACUUGGUGACCAACGGGGGCAUAGCCGUAGCCCUGCACUUUGAGCGCGCUCCAUUCAUCACCCAGGAGCACACUCUCUGGUUGCCAUGGGGACGCUUCUUUGUCAUGGAUACCAUUGUCAUGCGGCAUGAGGAGAAUGACAUCCCAAGCUGUGACCUGAGCAGCUUCAACAGGCCCAUCCCCGUGGUGUCUCCAGCUCCGCUCACUGCAUUUGCCGGCUCCUGCGCUGAAAGGGGGACCGUCGUACCUGAGAUCCAGUCUCUGCAGGAGGAGGUACCCAUACCAGGGACAGAUAUGAAACUCGGCUAUUUAAGCAGCAGAACCCCAGGUUACAAGUCCAUCCUGAGGGUGACCCUCACCCACUCCACAAUCCCUUUCAACUUGAUGAAGGUUCACCUCAUGGUGGCUGUGGAAGGCAGGCUGUUCAGGAAGUGGUUUCCUGCGGCCCCCAACCUCUCCUACGACUUUGUGUGGGACAAGACUGAUGUGUACAGCCAGAAGGUCUAUGGCUUAUCUGAAGCUUUCGUUUCGGUAGGUUUUGAGUAUGAGUCAUGCCCGGACCUCAUUCUAUGGGAGAAGAGGACUGCUGUCCUCCAGGGCUACGAAACCACUGCCUCCAAACUGGGAGGAUGGACUGUCGACAAGCACCACGCUUUAAAUAUCCAGAGCGGUAUUCUUCACAUGGGCAACGGAGAGAACGUCUUCAUCUCCCAGCAGCCUCCCGUAAUCGGCAGUGUGAUGGGGAACGGGCGCAAGCGUAGCAUUUCCUGCCCCAGCUGUAAUGGCCUUGCUGACGGAAACAAGUUGAUGGCCCCAGUGGCUCUGGCUUGUGGCUCAGAUGGAAGUCUGUAUGUGGGCGACUUCAACUAUGUGAGGAGGAUUUUCACCACGGGGAAUGUAACCAGCGUCCUGGAGCUCAGAAAUAAAGACUUCAGGCAUAGCAACAGCCCUGCACACAAGUACUACCUGGCCACCAGUCCCGUUAGCAGUGCCGUGUACCUCUCUGACACCAGCAGUAGGAAGGUGUUCAAGGUGAAAUCUUUGAAUUUUGUCAAAGAUGUGGCCAAGAAUCUGGAGCUGGUGGCAGGCACUGGUGACCAGUGUCUCCCGUACGACGACACUCGCUGCGGGGAUGGAGGAAAGGCCGUUGACGCUACUCUCACUAACCCCAGAGGCAUUACAGUGGAUAAAUAUGGUGUAAUCUUCUUUGUGGAUGGGACCAUGAUUCGCAGGAUUGAUCAGAAUGGUAUCAUCUCCACUCUUCUGGGCUUCAAUGACCUGACCUCCGCCCGACCUCUCAGCUGCGAUGCCGUGAUGGACAUCUCUCAGGUGCGUCUCGAAUGGCCUACAGACCUGGCAGUGAGUCCCAUGGACAACUCCCUCUUUGUCCUGGACAACAAUGUAGUCCUCCAGAUCUCUGAAAACCACCAAGUCCGCAUUGUUGCGGGCCGCCCCAUGCACUGCCAGGUGCCUGGGAUUGACCACUUCCUGAUGAGCAAGGUGGCCAUCCAUGCCACCCUGGAGUCCGCUAACGCCCUAGCCGUCUCUCACAAUGGCGUUUUGUACAUUGCUGAGUCAGAUGAAAAGAAAAUAAACAGAGUACGACAGGUGUCCACCAAUGGAGAGAUCUCCCUAGUUGCAGGGGCGCCAAGUGGCUGUGACUGCAAGAACGACGCCAACUGUGAUUGUUACUCUGGAGAUGAAGGCUAUGCCAAGGAUGCUAAGCUGAAUGCACCCGCUUCCCUGGCAGUGUGUCCAGAUGGAGAGCUUUACAUUGCAGAUCUGGGCAACAUUCGCAUCCGCUACGUGCGCAAAAACAAGCCCUAUCUGAAUCCCCUCAGCAUGUAUGAGGUGUCGUCUCCCAUUAAUGACGAACUCUAUCUCUUUGAUUCCAAUGGCAGCCACAUUUACACACAAAGUCUGACUACAGGAGACCACCUCUACAACCUGACCUACACAGGAGCAGGAGAUCUAAGCAGCAUUACUGAUAAGAACAGAAACACAGUGAUCAUCCGACGUGACACAACAGGCAUGCCUCUGUGGCUGAUGGUCCCUGAUGGACAGACCUUCUGGUUCACCAUCGGCACGAACAACGCUCUUAAAACUGUCGCUGCCCAAGGUCAAGAACUCGCUUUAAUGACCUACCAUGGAAGUUCGGGACUUCUAGCAACUAAGACUGAUGAAAAUGGAUGGACGACCUUCUUUGAGUAUGACAGCUACGGGCGUCUGACUAACAUCACGUACCCCACGGGCCGAGUGAGCAGCUACCGCACAGAUGUCGACAGCUCAGUCCGCAUCCAGACGGAGGGCUCCAACAAAGAGGAUAUCACCGUCACCACCAACCUGUCAGCCUCUGGCACCUUCUACACACUUAUGCAGGAUCAAGUUCGGAAUAGCUACUUCAUCGGCUUGGACGGGUCUCUGCGCCUAGUUUUGGCCAAUGGCAUGGAGGUAUCCCUGUACACUGAGCCCCACCUGCUGGCCGGUACCGUCAACCCCACAGUUAGCAAGAGGAACGUGAGCCUGGCUAUCGACAACGGCCUCAACCUGGUGGAGUGGAGGCAGAGGAAGGAGCAGGCUCGUGGACAGGUCACCGUGUACGGACGCAGAUUAAGGGUUCAUAACCGGAACUUGCUUUCACUGGAUUUUGAUCGAAUCACCAGAACAGAAAAGGUCUAUGACGAUCACAGGAAGUUUACAUUACGGAUCCACUAUGACCAGGCUGGUCGGCCCACUCUGUGGGCACCAAGCAGCCGCCUGAAUGGCGUCAACGUCACCUACUCCUCUGGAGGGCAUGUGGCGGGUAUACAAAGAGGCACCAUGUCUGUUCGCAUGGAGUAUGACCAGAACGGCAGAAUCACCUCCCAGAUAUUUGCUGAUGGCAAAUCUUGGAGCUACACCUAUCUCGAGAAGUCCAUGGUGCUGCUGCUCUACAGCCAGAGGCAGUACAUCUUUGAGUUUGACAAAAAUGACCGUCUCUCCUCUGUGACCAUGCCCAACGUAGCCCGGCAGACCCUAGAGACCUCCCGCUCCAUUGGCUACUACAGAAACACCUACCAGCCUCCUGAAGGCAACGCUUCGGUGCUCCAGGACUACAGCGAGGACGGCCAGCUGCUGCAGACCACCUACCUGGGCACAGGUCGCAGGAUCAUCUACAAAUACGGAAAGCUCUCCAAGCUCCUGGAGAUUCUUUAUGACACCACGCGCAUCGGUUUCUCCUACGACGAGGUGGCGGGCAUGCUCAAGACCGUCAACCUGCAGAGUGAGGGCUUCACCUGCACCAUCCGCUACCGUCAAAUUGGCCCUCUGAUCGACAGGCAGAUUUUCAGAUUCAGCGAGGAGGGCAUGGUCAACGCCAGAUUUGACUACGUGUACGACAACAGCUUCCGCGUCACCAGCAUGCAGGCGGUCAUCAAUGAAACGCCGCUGCCUAUUGACUUAUAUCGCUACGAUGACGUGUCUGGCAAAACCGAGCAGUUCGGCAAAUUCGGAGUGAUCUAUUAUGACAUAAAUCAAAUCAUAACCACGGCGGUGAUGACCCACACCAAACACUUUGACGCUUACGGCCGAGUGAAGGAGGUGCAGUACGAGAUCUUCCGCUCGCUCAUGUACUGGAUGAUGGUGCAGUACGACAAUAUGGGGCGAGUGGUGGCCAAGGAGCUAAAAGUCGGGCCUUACGCCAACACCACACGCUACACGUACGAAUAUGACGCUGACGGCCAACUGCAGGUGGUCUCCAUCAACGACAAGCCUCUGUGGAGGUACAGCUACGACCUAAACGGCAACUUGCACCUCCUCAGCCCGGGCAACAGCGCACGCCUCACGCCUCUACGCUACGAUAUCAGAGACCGCAUCACUUGCUUGGGAGACGUCCAGUACAGGAUGGAUGAGGACGGUUUUCUUAAGCAGCGCGGGAAUGUCUACUUUGAGUACAACUCGGCUGGCUUGCUGAUUAAAGUGUACAACAAAGUGAGCAACUGGAGCAUCAAGUACCGUUACGACGGCUUGGGCAGAAGGGUGUCCAGCAGAAGCAGUGCAGGCCACCACCUGCAGUUCUUCUAUGCUGAUUUAUCCAGCCCCACUCGGGUCACCCACAUGUACAAUCACUCCAGCUCUGAGAUCACCUCGCUCUAUUACGACCUGCAAGGACACCUGUUUGCCAUGGAGUUAAGCAGUGGCGAUGAGUUUUAUGUGGCCUGUGACAACAUUGGCACCCCUCUGGCCGUGUUCAGCGGUUCAGGACUCAUGAUCAAGCAGGUCCUCCACACGGCCUUCGGAGAGGUUUACCUCGACACCAACCCCAGCUUCCAGCUCAUAAUCGGCUACCAGGGAGGACUGUAUGAGCCUCUUAGCAAACUGGUGCACAUGGGCAGACGGGAUUACGACGUCCUCGCUGGCCGCUGGACAACUCCUGACCACGAGGUCUGGAAACGUCUCAACAGCAACCGCAUCGUGCCCUUCAACUUGUACAUGUUCAAGAAUAACAAUCCUCUGAGCAAUAACGAGGAGAUAAAGUGCUACAUGACAGAUGUGAACAGCUGGUUGGUGACGUUCGGCUUCCAGCUGUACAAUGUCAUCCCCGGCUACCGCAAACCAAACACGGAAGCCAUGGAGCCGUCCUACGAGCUGGUCCGCACACAGAUCAAAACGCAGGAGUGGGAUAGCACCAAGUCUUUGCUGGGUGUUCAGUGUGAAGUUCAGAGGCAGCUGAAGGCCUUUGUGAAGCUGGAACGUUUUGGCCAGAUCUACAGAGCCAAAAGUGCCGGAUGUCCUCAGACUGAGGACAAGAAGAUCUUCGCCUCCGGCGGCUCCAUCUUCGGGAAGGGGGUGAAAUUCGCCAUCCGGGACGGCCGCAUAGGCACGGACAUCAUCAGCCUGGCCAACGAGGACGGGCGCCGCAUGGCCGCCGUCCUCAACGACGCGUUCUAUCUCGAAAACCUCCACUUCACCGUCACUGGAAUGGACACGCACUACUUCGUCAAGCUGGGCUCGGUGGAGGGGGACCUGGCCCUCAUCGGCAUGACGGUGGGCCGGCGCACUCUGGAGAACGGCGUCAACGUGACAGUGUCUCAGGUCAACACCGUGCUCAACGGCAGGACUAGGCGCAUUACUGACAUCCAGUUGCAGUACGGCGCGCUGUGUCUGAAUACGCGUUACGGCAGCAGCGUGGACGAGGAGAAGGCCCGCGUCCUAGAGCUGGCCCGGCAGAGAGCUGUGGCCCAGGCUUGGGCCCGGGAGCGCCAGAGACUGAGGGACGGCGAGGAGGGCUCGCGAACCUGGACUGAAGGGGAGAAGCAGCAGCUCCUGGGGUCCGGGAAGGUGCAAGGCUACGACGGAUACUACGUUGUUUCAGUCGACCAGUACCCCGAGCUGGCAGACAGUGUCAACAACAUUCAUUUCAUGAGACAGAGUGAAAUGGGCCGAAGGUGACAUGAACACGGGGCUUUCUAGUAACAGACUCAGAUGCAGGACAUGGGACUUUGCCAAAGACAGUUGUGUACAUGACCACAUUUUUUUUUUUUCUUUGACUGUGCUCAACUUGGUUUUUAAUAUACUGUAAAAAAAAAAAAAAAAAAAAAAAAAAAAACAGAGAGAGAAAACAUGGUUGCAAUCAGUUGCACUGUAUUAAUAGAAGAGUGCCCUUCUCUUUUUGGAGAUUCUUUAACAGUCUUUGCCCUCCAAGUGCGGCUGCUAGAGGAUGAAAAUUUGCAAUGUCUUUGACUCAUUUUUUGUGUGACUCCAUUUCCUCAUCCCUGUUGGUGAUUCUGUUCAAAGGAAUCCAAGAGGAGUAUUGGUAAUGCAUUACGUUCACUGGCUCACUCCGCUGCCAGACGUGCAUAUUGUUAUUCACAAGCCUGCUCCAUUCUGCCUUUUCUGCGCCUCAGCCAAGGAGAUUCCUUCUCUUUUAAUCACUUCUUUUUUAUACUUGAAUCCCUCAUAGCCCCAGUCAUCCAUAAAUAAUGAGAGAGAUUUCUGUUGGCGGUAGAGCCCUUCAUCAAAACCCCAGCUGAACUUGUCAAAGCACCUUCAUUUGUGUGAUGUCGUGUAAUUUUUUAUUUUUUUUUUUUAAGAGGAGGCUUGAUACUCAUUUAUGGUCCUAGCUUGGAAGGCUUCAGUGCACCCUGACCGUGCAUGUUGGCCUUUUCUUAUGAACUACAAAAAUUAGCAAAACCGCUUAAUUAAGCUUAUAUUGUGUGGUAAAGCCAACAAAAGGGAUGUGAGGUGACUUUGUUUUUAAUUUGGUGUGUAUUUAAUUUUUAACUGGACUUUUUCUCCACGGAAGAAAACACAGAAAAUUUGUUCUCUGCUCCUUUUUAUUUGACUGUGGUCAAACAACUCGAUUAUGAAAAUAGUGAAGAGCCAACUCUGUAAGAAAAUACUGUGGAAUUAAUGUCUGUAUUAAACUACAAAAAGGUAUUUUACAGGAAUGGUUUUAAUUCUAUUUUAGUUUUGUUUUAUAAAUAGCUAUAUGAAUUAACAGUAUAACAAAUGUGAAUUUAAAAAAAAAAAUGUGAACUAUUGUCCCUUUUAUUGUUAAUUGUUGUACUUGAACAAUACAUAAGGGUGUUUGAACACAUGGAAUAAACUAUGAAAGGUGGUUUAGUUAAAUCAGUUACCGUGUUUUUCAUUAGACUGACUGCAUUUUACUGAUCUCAAUAGCAUAUGAAAGGCAGUGUUUUUUUUUAUUUUAUUUUAUUUUAUUUUUUUAAUCAGUGAGCUUGAGUCAGUAUUCCUAACCAUAUUGUCCAAUUAAAUGGAGUUUGGGAUCAGAAUAUUUUUAAACAGACAUCAGACAGGGUUAAGGAAACCAAUCCGUGAUAGUGAUAUGUUAACAUAUUGGCUGCAGAGACACAGGCUUUGCAUUGUGUUGUGGGUGAAAUGAAAGAUACAAAUUGCCUUUGCCCUAAGGGCUGCCUGCAGGUCGGCAUCGAAAGUGCUUUCGUUCUCCAGGAUAGGGCGCCACUUGGUCCCAUGGCUGACUGAAAUGCAUUAGACCUGCAGGUGUACUAGUCCCCGUUUACAGACUUAAGGUCGUCCAUACACGUCAACCCUGGAAAUAACCCACAUGGACACUUUCUGGCUCAUGUCAGUGGAUACCGCAAAGGACAAUUCUCUUCCUCUCAUUUGAAAAUGUCAUGGUGUGAAAAACUCAAGAGGAAUUGAGUCAAUUUUGGAAAUUAUGACGUUGAUUUGAGUUCUGGUACUUUUUUGAACUAUGCCAAGCCACUACACACCCAUGACAUCAUCAUAUUUUCCAUUAAGCAUAUGGACUUGUUUCUGAGUGUAGAGGCGGUGGGGGCAUGAUUGAGUUUCUCAGUGUGUAAAAACGACACAGCAAACAGUACGUGGUUAUUUUUUUUUUUUUCCGAUGUCGGUUGAUUCAGUGACAUUUUGUUUUAGGAAAAAAAAAAUAUGUACGUUCUACAUAAUAUGAAUGAAGGAUAUUUGCAUUGUGGAAUAUUGCACUGACAACUGUUGCGUCAUGAGACUGUAUCUUUUUCUAAAGUUUUGGACUCAUUUUGAGUUUCGGUUUGUUCUCAACACUGUGUUUUUAGCGCUUCUCUUUGACUGUAAAUACGAAGGCAUCAAAGUAAGCUGUAAAUAAAAUGCAAAUGUAGAUACCUCUUAGAGCUACAUUGGUGACCCUGUGUAGUCUUAAGGUAGGAAAAAAAAAAUAAAGGGAAUAUUUUGUGUUUAUUUUA